GACCACAGCACUUCUCCUGACCACGAUCCACUAUCAUUCCUGUUUUCUCUAUCUUCCGCCUAAUGUAGCGACACAGUCCCAACAUCCAGCUGCCUCGGCCCAUCUUUCUCAAAAGUUGCCUCAUUCAGAGCGUUCGUACCGAACAAAAUGCCCAGAGUCCCGCCGCAUACAGAGGAGGAGUUGUCCACAAUUCUCCGAGAGCACAGUGUCAAGAGCCAAUUUGGCAAGCGCUCGGAUCAUUUUCUACCACGAGGCGAGCUCGACCGAUUGAUCACGAGAGACUCCAUACUCGCGGAACUAGAAAUUAAGGAGGAAAAUGCUGACGAAGCCGAAGACUUGAUCGAUUUCAUCUUACAGAAGGCUAGGAGACUCUUUGCAAUAGUUGUGUACAUUCGGUUACCGAGAGUGGAAGAUGCUAUGCUUUUGUUCCAAGCGAAUGAUUUCCACGAUGCACGACUACCAAUCGAAGAAUGGACCAGAGACGUCUUUGAAGCAAAGCUCCGGGAGAACAUUGAGCAUCCAUUCAUUGUCAUGCAGGGAGUCUUGAGGCGGAGAAGGGACUACAUCUGGUCGAGAAGCUACAUAUAUGACUUCCAAAAGCGUCAAUGGGAGUUUCUGGCACCAAUCAUCUCCACUGAGGAAACGAACGACUGUCACAAUAGCAAUGCGAUCUUACCUUUCAUUACGCAAUACACCAAUCUUGCCGAGGGCUCGUUUGGUGUUGUUUCGAAAUACGCAAUACAUCCGGACCAUAUUUACAUUGGGAAGGGCUGUGCAGCCGUUAGCUCCAAUAUCUUUGCAAUCAAGGAGAUAAAAGUUGAUAUCGAAGAAGAUCGCCACAAGGUAGCCGAGCACUGGAGCAGCGAAGUCCGAACACUUUUGGAGAUGAACAAACUAAAGCAAGAGCACAUUGUUCGAUUCAUUACAGCGUUUCGUUACGGAAAGCUGGAUGACCCAGACCAUUUCCUUGUCUUUGAGUGGGCGGACGGUGGAAACCUCUCCGACCUCUGGAAAGAGAAACCUCAUCCGGUGCGGACAUCUUCAUUGACAAAAACCGUCAUUGGAGAGCUCCUUGGACUUGCCAAAGCACUAAAUGCAGUUCACAAUAUGUCGGCCGACAAAAACUACCGCCAUGGGGAUUUGAAGCCUGCAAAUAUCCUCUGGUUCCGUACAGAUGACGAGUUUGGUACCUUGAAGAUUGGAGACUGGGGAGAAGCGAAGGUUCACUUCGUUAACACGGAAGCACGACUCAGUAAUACUUCUUCCAAAUUUGGGACCCGUCGAUACGAACCUCCGGAGAAUGAUACAGGCCUCACAUUCGGAGACUCGCUGCAGGCCGAGACAGUGGGCCAGAAGCGGCGCUCUCGUCUAUAUGAUAUAUGGGCAAUUGGGUGCAUUGCGCUUGAGGUUGUGAUAUGGCUCCUUUACGGCAACGAAGAGUUGGAAAGGUUCAAUUUGGAAGUUCAAGGAGACCAUAAAGUCAACUCGCCAUUCUAUCAGGUGAAGAAGGUCGGGGCUUUGAAGACUGCUGAGGUCCACAGAAUCGUCACACAUUGGAUUCAACACAUGCUGCAAGACAUUGCAUGUCGACCUGGUACUACGGCACUAGGCGAUGUUCUUGAAAUCAUCCAGACGGGUCUUCUUGUUGUCAAGCUGCCCCAAGCUGGCGGCAGAUCCAUGAGUGGGGGUCAAAGUCUUCGCAAACCGCUUCAUUUCGCUGCACAGACAAUCAAGUUGGACAGUGGCGAUAGCAUCAAGAUUUCAGUGUCUCCGGAACAGUCUGUUGCUGUGGAAGAGUCAGUAUCUCAUGUUCCAUCGAUUGAGGUCACUCCCGCCGCGCCAACUGAGCUCGUAGUACAGCCAGACCCAAUGCCACACCGUGAGACUGCUGGGGCGGCAAGAAUACUUGCCGAGGAUCUUCUAGAGAAGUUACAUCAUGUUGUUUUGACGGAUGAGGAAAGUUACUGGUAUACCGAGGAGCGUUUCCACUGUGGGCCUACCAAGCUUGAAGAUGGGCCCCCACUUUCUAUGACCGUGCGUUCGAAGUCUGGCGAUACGACAAUGGGAGCUCUCGAGGUCAAAAUACCUGCCGAAGUGGACUACGCUCACCCGCCCCUUGAUCCCGUAAACUGGGUUUACGAAAUCGACAACGUGUUCGCUUGCACGCUCUUCAAACACUUGAGAACGAGGGAUUCACUCAAAACACUCACACCCUCCGUUGUUCCUCCCCUUUGCGAGAAAUGUAACGAGUUACGGGAUUCUUUGUGGCAGUCUAGGCCAUCCAUUGGCUACUCCCCGGGCGAACUCAAAGACAGCCGAACGCUCUCGUUAUAUCGCGGACCUGACGCGGAAACUUCGCCAGCUACAGAGAUACAGAUUGGUCUACCCCAGCUCCCGGAGGCUGGCAGUCGCACACAUCUUGAUAUUGUUCAAGAAUGGCUUCACGACUGUGAUAGACACCGCGAUUGUGCUCGUCAGCAGGGCAGGAUGCGCGAUGCGCGGAGAUCUGCAGGUGUACCAACACGACUCAUUGAUGUGGGCAUUGUGGGCGAUCAGUCUGUCCAUCUGCAAGAGGAAAAUAUCGAAGCCAACGCUGAAUGGGUCGCAUUAUCUCACCAAUGGGGCCCUCCCCCAUACUACUUCACGGAAACGAGCAAUGUCGACAGUCGCAAGUCUGGCAUAAAACUAGCGGACCUGCCUAAAACGUUCAGAGACGCGGUUGCAGUCACGCGUGCACUGAAACGCCGAUACCUCUGGAUUGAUUCUAUCUGCAUAAUCCAGGGACACGGUGGAGACUUUCAUUCGGAGUCCAAACGCAUGGAGGACGUCUACAGUGGCGCAUAUUGCGUUCUUGCUGCGAGCUGUGCAACUGGGCAUGAUUCAGGGUUCCUACAACCAAGAAGGGCACGAGACUACGUCACGGUGAGCCCAAAAGGAAGCAACACACUGGUCUACAUCUGCGAAUCUAUCGACAACUUCAAAGACCAUGUACUGAAUGGUGCUCUCAACCGCCGCGGCUGGGUACUACAGGAGCAUGCACUCGCGCGACGAACCAUCUUCUUCACCGAAUACCAGACCUACUUUGAGUGUGGCCGAGGUGUACGAUGCGAGACUAUGACCAAGAUGAGCAACAAAUCGGCUGAGCUUCUCGGUGACCCAAAUUUUCCUCGCAUCCUCGUCAAGGCGCCGCAAGGCGAGAGGAUACUCCGAUAUCAGGAACUGUAUCAACAAUACUCUAGACUUGGCUUGUCCCAAGACUAUGAUCGGCCCACUGCUAUCGAUGGACUGCAGCAGAAGCUUCUGCGGACGAUGGAUGUUGAGGGUGGAUUCGGUGUCCUUGAAGACAGGAAUAUCAAAGGCACCCUUCGCCGCAGCCUAUUAUGGCACCGAGGAACAGACACACACAACCUGGAACGCAUUGUCUUUCCGAACGAUCGUGCUGGUGUCCCGUCAUGGUCAUGGAUGGCAUACGCUGGCGGCAAAGACAACUCUGGUGGCAUCGACUACUUCAAUCUGGAUUUCGACGGAUUCGAUUGGCAAGCCAUCACAUCUCCCUGGUCUCGCGCAGACAGUGAAGAUGAAACGAAUGCCCUUAUUGCCGAGAGCAGAGAAUAUGACGCGCUGCUCAAGAAGGGCAAUAAUGAGAACGAUUUUAGGAUCAUUCUGGACGCACCCGCAGAAGAAGGACAGUAUACGACCAGAUGCAUUGUUCUGGGCAUUGAGAAGGGCGGCAUCAGUCUUAUGGACAAAUCACACUAUGUCCUCGUCAUCAAGCCUACGGACUACACGAAUGAGUAUGAGAGGGUUGGCGCAGGUUGGAUGCCAGGCAGGUGCCUGAGGGGUGAGGUCGAAGAGGUCCACGUGGUCUAA